GAAAAAUACCAAUAUCUUGUCCCCUUCCCUAUAUAUUAAGGUUUCUUAUCCUUCUCCUUCCUUGUAAAAGAUUCCCUUUUCCUUUAAGCCUCUCCAAAAUCCUCACAACUUAUAUGCAGCCAAAAAAUUCAACCAAAAAAUAUAUAUCAGUUCUUCCCAACACUGUUGUUCUUCUCCUCUCAAAACAAUAGCACUCACUGUUCCCCUCUUAUAUUUUCAUGGCUGCAGAACCCUGCUCAUCAACCUCCUCCUCCUCCUCCUCAAGCCUCAGAAUCACAGUUGAAAGAAACCCUUCUGAAUCUCGCCUCUCCCAACUGGACAUCAAGUGCUGGCCCAAAUGGGGCUGCUCCCCAGGGAGGUACCAGCUGAAGUUUGAUGCAGAGGAGACAUGUUAUUUGUUGAAGGGAAGAGUGAAGGCAUAUCCAAAAGGGUCAUCAGAAUCUGUGGAGUUUGGGGCUGGAGACCUUGUCACCAUCCCAAAGGGACUGAGUUGCACUUGGGAUGUAUCUGUGGCCGUUGAUAAACACUACAAAUUCGAAUCAUCAUCAUCUUCUUCUUAGUAUCAUCAGAUCAUUGCCUUCUUUUACUGAUUGAUUAGCUUCCCUUACCUCAAGUUAAUUCUUUAUAAUUUAUUCAUAAUUUUUAGGGCUUUUUUGAUUUUUUUGAUUUUUUUUUUUUUGGUUGAUUAUGUUUUAGGGUAGUGAAUUUAGUGAUCGAUCUUCUUCUAGGAGUAGUCAAAGAAAGGAAAACAAUUAGUCAAUGCAUGUCCCCUUUGGAAGUAAUCCUCUUUUACGUAUUGAUAUUAGCUUUUAAUGUUCCUUUGACUGGUCAAA